AUGGCAUCUCAACACUCGCGGAGGUCGCGCGAGUCGACUCGCCCCGAAAUGUCGAUCGGCCGCUAUACACGGCUCGAUGAGAUCGGGCGAGGGAGCUUUGCUACCGUCUACCAAGGUGUGCAUACGAAAUCCCGCACCUAUGUAGCCAUCAAGUCAGUCAACCUGUCAAAGCUCAAUAAGAAGUUGAAGGACAACCUCUCCUCCGAGAUCGAUAUCCUGAAGGGCCUCCAUCAUCCGCAUAUCGUGGCGCUCAUCGACUGCCAGGAGUCCACAUCCCACAUCCAUUUGGUCAUGGAAUACUGUGCCUUGGGGGACCUGUCACUUUUCAUUAAACGACGAGAAACCCUCGCCAACCAUCGAUACACGCGGGACAUGAUUGCUAAAUACCCGAAUCCUCGUGGUGGAGCGCUGAAUGAAGUUGUCGUGCGGCACUUCCUAAAGCAACUUUCAAGCGCGCUGCAUUUCCUCCGAGACCGCAACCUUAUCCACCGAGACAUCAAACCACAAAACCUACUGCUCUGCCCAUCCCCUUCAUCUUAUCGGUCAGGUGUGGCCCAGGUGAUUCCUUAUAAGGGCAGUGAUGAUUCGUAUGAACCCAUAACUGGCCUCGAGUCUCUACCGAUGCUCAAGAUUGCGGACUUUGGGUUCGCUCGGUCCCUUCCGGCCACCUCGCUGGCAGAGACCCUUUGUGGCUCUCCCCUAUAUAUGGCACCCGAGAUCCUUCGGUAUGAGAAAUAUGAUGCGAAGGCAGACCUGUGGUCGGUUGGCACCGUGCUUUAUGAGAUGGUGGUCGGCCGGCCGCCCUUCCGUGCCACCAACCACGUGGAACUGCUCCGGAGGAUCGAGAAAGGAGAGGACCGAAUUCGAUUUCCCGAAGACAAUCCUGCCUCGGAUGACAUUAAGAAGCUGAUACGCGGCCUUCUGAAGCGGAAUCCGGUGGAACGCUUGAAUUUCCCUGAGUUUUUCAACAACCAUGUUAUUAAAGAUGAGAUUCCUGGUCUGGUGCCAGAUGACCUCCCGCGGAGGCCUUCUGCCGAGUUCGAUGAUGCCAGACCGACUCCGGUAGACGUGAACUUGGCCAAGAACUCUCCAUACGCCGAGGAACCGGAAGAGACGCUCUUAUCCCCUGCCAGGCGACCGCUGUCGACACGUCAGAAAUCAGGGACUCCACCAACUGCUACGACUAUGCGUCGAGUUGGCAGUAGUGAUCGCCCUCCGUCUGGUACCAUCAAGGGACAGGAAGCCAGUCCACAUCGGCCCGGUCCAAUCAGCCAUGCUACUGCACCUGGUCGCCAGGAACUUGUCGGCCGCCAUGCUGCCACAGCUGCGAUGGAGCACCAAAGAUCUCGGAACACGUACACGGACGCUACACGGACACAAGAAGCCUCAGAUCCUGCCCAGGCGGAACGCGAGCAAGCUGCCCAAGACGUGGCAUUUGAGCGAGACUACGUGGUUGUGGAGAAACGUGCUGUCGAAGUGAAUGCAUUUGCAGAUGAAUUGGCACAUAGCCCCCGUAUCCAUGGCGGCUUUGGUCGCCCGGGACUGGUUGGCACAGUAUCUCGGCGCGCAACUACGCAGGCCCUUCCCACAACCACAUCGACCUCUCCGCAUGCAAAUGCUACCAAGGCCAUCCAGGUUGUGUCGAAUCAGCCCUACGUCGGCCACAUCAGCUAUCUCGAAAGCACUCAAUAUGGCCAGUGGUCGCCUUUUCGGAAUGGGGUUUUCUCCGCCACUAGCCAUCACCAAGGGUGGUCGAUCCCCCCGCUGGCCUACAACCCUUUCCCUGCCUACCCAGCUGCCCAGGCUAGCCUCAUGAUUAUGGGCGACGGUGCAAAGACCAACGUGGCGGUCGACGAAGACUACAAGGCAGUUCAAGUCAUCGAAGAAUGUGCCACCCGCAGCGAUGUCGUCUAUGGAUUCGCUGAGGUGAAGUAUAAGCAGCUCAUUCCAUUGGCCCCUUCGGCGCCCACCGAGCCUUCUGCAAGACCCCCAGUCUCUGGUGCCGACACCGAUUCUACCGACCCCACUGACGACGGGUUGACUGUGGAUGCCAUCAUCACACUCUCCGAAGAGGCUUUGGUACUCUACGUGAAGGCUCUCUCCCUGCUGGCCAAGUCCAUGGACAUUGCCGGUGCCUGGUGGUCGCGCAAGAACCGUGAAGAAACAUAUGGUGACUUUCCGUCAAAUAGAGGGGAGAUCAGUGCGCUCGCGGGAGCCCGCAUUAACAAUAUCGUGCAGUGGGUACGGGCUCGGUUCAAUGAGGUUUUGGAGAAGGCGGAGUUUGUACGCCUGAAACUGAUCGAGGGGCAAAAGCGUUUGCCCUCGGAUCACCCCAGCCAUCCGGAUAACCAGCCCAUCGCCUCGAGUGCAGGCUCAAGCACUUCCAUUGAUGUGGUAUUGAGCCCUGGCGUCACAGCCGAAAAGCUGAUGUAUGACCGUGCCUUGGAGAUGAGCCGGGCUGCAGCGAUCAAUGAGCUGACUGGCGAGGAUCUCGCCGGAUGUGAGAUCGCCUAUGUCACCGCCAUACGCAUGCUAGAAGCUGUGCUGGAGGAUGAAGGGUCGCGAACUGACCGGCAAGAUGCCACAUCGGCUGGGGAGAAGGUUGUCCUAGACGAUUUACAGGCGGAGGAUCGGCAGGUGGUGCUGAGGUUGGUGUCGAGCAUGCGCGGUCGCCUCGCGUCUCUCCGCAAGAAACUGGCAUUGCUCGCCAAGCGAACCUCGGCGCCCACGCCGACGACGAGCAGCACAGCCCGGAUUCCAUCCUCGAACUCGGUGCCCGUUUCACUUGCGACAGGUGCCACGCCGCCUCGGUGA